CAAGAAGUUGUUCACCGCAACUCGAACUGUGACCACGUUCCAUUGAAUAUGGUGGGGGUUAGUUCUCGGGGUGAAGAGUUAGAAGAGGCUGGACCAGAAGACCCAACAACUCGUAAGAACCAUAAUCAGAAUGCAGAUGGUGUAAGCAUCAAUCCUAAAAGAAAGGGAAGAGGACCGACAAAAGGAUUGAUACUUGAAAUGAAGCGUCAACAGAGUGCAGACGGGAAGUUGGAUGUUCUUAUUCAUCCAACAAAGCUAGUGGCAGUAGGUCCUGGCCGUAAAGAUUUUAUUACGGACCUCUCUCUUAUUGUUCGAAAGCAUGCCCGUUUGAACGUGCACAUGUGGAGGAAGGUUCCAAAAAGUACUAGAGAUACAAUAGUGCAAAGUAUUCUGAACAACUGGAGACUUCAAGAUACGGAUAUGGUGCGAAAAGCCAUUUUGGAUGAAGCAGGACGAUUAUAUCGAAAUUGGCGCAAUAGGCUUCAUGAUUAUUAUUUGGUGUUUGAAACAAAAGAGGAGGCCUUGAAGCAUGUUCCCAACGAUGUCAAUCCUUCUGAUUGGCAAUUCAUGGUUGAUUAUUUUAGCAGUCCUUCUUUCAAGUUGAUAAGCACAGUAAACAAGACAAAUAGGACAAAAAUGCAGACAAAUCAUACCAGUGGCCAGAAAUCUUUUCAUGCGGUCAGCUAUGAAGCUCGGGACCCGGUGACUGGAAAGGAGCCUCAUUUGCAGAAAUUGUGGCAGCUGACACACAAAAAGACAAAUGGUGAAUGGGUUGAUGAGGCAUCUAAGGAAGUAAACGACAAGAUUGCCGAACAAAUUGAUAAGAAUUUACGUGAGCUAGAGGAUUCUCAAGAAGGGAUUGAAACAGUUGAACCUGAAAUUAUUAAUAAUGCCUUCGAGUCAGUGGUCAGGAAUAAAACAUGUGUGCUAGGUUCUGGAGGAGGACCGCAGUCUUCAAAGUCUAAUACAGUUCAGCAGCUGCUGGCUGAAUUAGAGGCCCAGAAGAGGGAGACAGAGAAUGCUAGGAAAGAAUGCAAUGAAACGAGAGCUAAGCUUGUUGAGGUCGAGUCCCAGCUAGAUGAAGAGCGGAGGAAGAGGGAGGAGAUUGAGGCUCGUCUACUGAAUCGUCAAAAGGAAAUGCAGGAAAUCAAUAGUCAGGUUCAGACUGCUAUCCAGUCUGCAUUCAUGCAGUAUCAUCCACCAACAAAUGAAGAAGAGACCUCAGCAAAGCAGAACAGCUUGAUUGCAGAGCUUGAAGCACAACUCGUUGAGGCAGAGGAUGUGAUCUCAGAUCUUAGAUCAGAAUUAGAUAGGCGCAUCAGGCGCUAGUCAAGCAAAACUGGAUUGAGUUAUUAAUCUUUGUGGGUGUCAUUAAUCUUUGCAUUUUGUCGUCUCAUGGCAAUCCUUUUUGAGUUAUUUAUCAUCCGCGUAAGAAAAACAUGUGCUGAUGCAACAAUGUUUUAGAAUCCGUAAUGAUUAUAUGGUAGAGGUCACUAAGGUUAUUUAC